AUGGCGCCAAUCAAGCGCAAGGGAGCUACUGGGGAAGACACUGCUACCAAGAACCAGAAGCGCGCCCGUGUCACUUCGGGCGCCCCCAAAGCAGAAUCCGGUGCUCAACAAAAGAAAGCCAAGCAAGGAAAAGAUGUUUCGAAGGAGACGACUGCUCGACAGCAGGACACCGCGCCCUCCAUUCUGCGCGACGAGGAACCGUCAUUUCCACGUGGUGGUGGGAGUGUGCUAACCCCCUUAGAGCGCAAGCAAAUCCAAAUCCAAGCCACUCGAGAUGUUCUUUUCGAGCAGAAGAAAUCCGGUAAACCGGCCGAAGGAUUCGGCGAAGAAGUCUCAGAUGCCGACAUUGACAUGGAGGAUGCGGAUGCGGAUGCGGAUAAAAAACCAGUUCCGACUAAGAAGACGCGGAAGUCGAAGAGUAAGAAGGCAGAAGAUUCGGAGAGGAAUACCAAAGAAGGUGUCCGAGUCGAAGGUCUUAGCUUCAAGCGCUUAACUACGGGGACCAUGGUUCUAGGCCAAGUUACUAGCAUCAACGCUCAUGACAUUGGCCUAGCACUUCCCAACAACCUUACAGGCUACGUCCCUCUGACUGCGAUUUCCGAAUUGUUCGAUAAGAAGAUCGAAAAGCUUUUGAAUGCGGAGGACGAAGAAAGUGAUGAUGAAGCGGAAGAUGAUUCUUUGGAUCUAUCCAAUUAUUUCUAUCUUGGACAGUUCCUCCGUGCCUACGUUACCUCCACUGGAAACGCUACAGAUACUGGAGCUGUCAAAAACAAGAAGAGAAUCGAGCUCUCCCUCGAUCCGCGACAGACAAACUCAGGAUUUUCGGACUCCGACCUUGUUGAAGGCACCAUGGUGCAAGCUUCCGUGACAAGUGUAGAAGAUCACGGAUGCGUCAUGGAUAUUGGCCUCGGAGACAAAGGCGUCAAGGGCUUUAUGGCUUCUAAGGAUGAUAUUGGCCAAUUGACCCUCAAGGAAGGCGCCGUGCUACUCUGCGUGGUCACGAGUUUCAAUGCUAGUCGAACCGUAUUUCAGCUGUCAUCGAAACUACAAACCGCUGCUUCGCUCAAGUCCUGCCUCAAAUCUGCACCAACAAUCCAAGCUUUCCUUCCUGGAACUGCGGUCGAGAUACUUUUGACCGCAGUUGCAGAGAACGGUCUGGCCGGAAAGAUUAUGGGUCUCCUAGACUCGACUAUUGAUUUUGUUCACUCUGGAGCAAAUUCUGGGUCUUUUGAUCUUACCAAAAAGUUUCAGGCUGGUGCAAAGAUCAAGGCCAGAAUAACCUGUACCUUUCCUGCUUCAGAACCUUUCAAAGUUGGUGCCUCACUAUUGGACAAUAUUCUAGAGUGGAAGAGCAUAUUACCUUCCCAGGAAAGCUCGGCGCCUUCUGUUGGAACAAUAUUGAAUGCAAAGGUUGUGACAGUUGAGCCUGGACUUGGCCUUUAUGUCGAGCUUGCAUCUUCCAAGCAUCUUGGCUUUGUCCACAUCUCGAGGGUUGCCGAUGGAACUGUAGAGACAGUAUCAGUAGAGCAAGGCCCAUUCCGGAUUGGCACCACACAUAAAGCUCGAAUAAUUGGCCACAAUUCAGUGGACAAUCUAUACCUUUUAACUUUUGAAAAGAAAGUCAUUGAACAGCCCUUUAUCCGACUUGAGGAUGUUCCCCUUGGUGCGGUAGUCAAAGGCAAGAUUGAGAAACUGUUCAUUGGCGCAGAGGGAAUAGACGGAAUUAUCCUGUCAAUCGCAGAUGGUAUUACUGGCUUGGUGCCACUAAUGCACUUCGCCGAUACAGUUCUACAACAUCCGGAGAAAAAGUUUCGGGAAGGACUUACCGUUUCUGCUCGCGUUUUGUCAGUCAAUCUAGAAAAGCGACAGAUGCGGCUCACGCUGAAAAAGAGUCUGCUCAAUAGCGAGUCUGCCAUUUGGAAAGACUACAACGACAUUGUUCCUGGAAAUCAGUCUCCGGGAACACUUGUCAACAUACAACCACACGGUGCAACUGUCCAAUUCUACGGCACUGUUAGAGGUUUCCUGCCUGUCUCUGAAAUGAGUGAGGCUUUUAUUAAAGAUCCAUCUCAACAUUUUAGAAAGGGCCAAGUUGUCAAUGUUCAUGCUCUUAGUGUUGAUGCAGCCUCAGGAAAACUUGUAGUCUCUUGCAAAGACCCGUCAGGGUCUGCUGAGGCUUACAGAGAGGCUUUCAAUGAGAUCCAUCCAGGAAUCUCCGUCACCGGCACUGUAUUUGAGAAAUCAAGUGAUGAUGUACUCCUAAAGCUCGAGAAAUACGGUGUUACGGCAAGGCUCAGCGCUACCCACCUUGUUGAUGGUGACGCUUCGAAAGUAGCAUCAGCAUUCUCCAAGAUACGAGUUGGUCAGAAGCUGUCGGAUCUUUUGGUUCUUGAAGCUAAACGAGUUCACCGAUUGAUCAGAGUAACUCAUAAACCAAGUCUCAGAAAGGCUUUGAAACAGAACGCUCUUCCGGCAAAAUUCGAGGAACUCCAAGAGGGCACAGAGGUCACGGGUUUUGUGAGGGGAAUAUCGUCGCAUGGAGUCUUUGUCGAGUACCUCGGGGGGCUCAAUGCCUUGUUGCCCAAACGUCUCAUCGAUGACGAACAUCUGAACAAACCCGACUUUGGGUUGCAAACAUCUCAAGCGCUGUCUGCAACUGUCCACCAGAUUGACGAAGACCAUCAGCGCUUCACAUUGACCAUGCGCCCAUCAGAGCGGCCAGCAGCUAGCCGACAGGAAUCAUCGCACGGAAAGCCGCUUCCAGGAAAUGAUCAGUUGUCAAAUCCGAUUGACAAUACCGUCCAUUCAAUGAAUGAUUUUACUGUCGGAAAAGUCACCAAGGCAAGGAUUGCAUCUAUCAAGGAAACGCAAAUCAAUGUUGUUCUUGCAGAUAAUGUGCAGGGACGCAUCGAUGUCUCGGAAGUUUUUGAUCGUUGGGAAGAUAUCAAGGACCGAAAGCAGCCCUUACGUACUUUCCGAGUCAAGGAAGUUCUCUCUGUGCGCAUUUUAGGAGUUCACGAUGCCCGCAGCCAUAGAUUCCUCCCCAUCAGUCAUCGGACAAGCAAGCAUCCAGUGUUUGAGCUAUCGGCAAAACCAAGCUACGUCGCUGCUGAAGACCAAAACGCAUUGACUCUGGAACAAGUCAAAGCUGGCUCUCAAAUGAUUGGUUAUGUCAAUAAUAUCGCUGAUGAUUUUCUCUGGGUCAGUAUCUCACCGAACGUUCGGGGCCGUUUGCGCGCUAUCGAUCUCAGCGACGACUUGUCUACGCUAGCCGACCUAGAAAACAACUUCCCUAUUGGCUCUGCUCUGAAAGUUCGUGUUGCGGGUGUUGAUUUGGAUAAAGGACAUUUGGAUCUUUCAGUGAAGCAAGAAUCGGCCCGAGAGUUGUCAAUUGACAAACUGUCAAAGGGCAUGAUUUUGCCUGGACGAGUAACUAAAGUCACAGAGAAACAGGUCAUCAUGCAGCUAAGCGAUAACAUUGUCGGUGCUGUCAGUCUCAUGAACAUGGCUGAUGAUUAUUCCAAAAUCGACACGACAGUCUAUAAGAAGAACGAAAUCCUUCGUGCCUGCAUCGUUGAUAUCGAUGGGCCUAACAAGAAAAUUUACCUUUCUUUGCGACCAUCAAGGGUUUUGAGUUCCUCACUGCCUGUUCAAGACCGAGAGAUUACAUCCAUGAACCAAUUGAAGGUCAACGAUAUUGUCCGGGGAUUCGUUCGCAAAGUUGCUGAUAAUGGUUUAUUUGUGACAUUGGGUCAUAAUGUUUCGGCUUAUGUCCGUAUUUCAGAUUUGUCCGAUUCAUAUCUGAAAGAAUGGAAAGACGAGUUCCAGGCAGAUCAAUUAGUCAAAGGAAGAGUCAUCCUUGUGGAUCCAGAGAAUCAGAAGCUGCAACUGAGCCUCAAAGAAUCUGUCUUAGACCCAAAAUACAAGACCCCGAUCACUAUUCGCGAUCUGAAACCUGGUCAAAUAGUGACAGGAAAAGUGCGAAAGGUGGAGGAUUUCGGUGCUUUUAUCGUGAUAGAUGGCUCGGCUAAUGUGAGCGGCCUCUGCCAUCGAAGCCAAAUGGCCGAGCAGAACAUUGAAGACGCAAGGAAACUCUUUGAGGCCGGCGAUAUUGUCAAGGCAAAGAUCUUGAAGAUCGAUUUAAAACAAGAAAAGAUAUCUUUUGGGCUCAAGGCAUCCUAUUUUGGGGACGAAGAAGGCUCGGAUGACAGUGAUGAAGAUGUUUCCAUGGAUGAUGAAGCCGGAGGUGUGCAACUCGAGAGUGACGACGACGGCGAUGGGGAUAUAUCUAUUGGCAGUGUUGAUGUGGUAAAUGAUAGUGACGUUGAAUCGGAGUCAAGCGAUGAAGAAGACGCCGUGACAAAAGCUAAAGACGAUAAGGGAGGACUUGACGUUGGUGGUUUCGACUGGACGGGCGAUGCAGGGCUGUCAGGGGCUUCAAAGAUCGUUGACCGUGGAAACACUGGUGAAGAUGGUAGUUCUAAUAAGAAGAAGCGCAAUCGCAAACCAGAGAUCCAAGUUGACCAGACUGGCGACCUGGACACGCGGGGUCCACAGUCUGUGGCUGACUAUGAACGACUCUUGCUAGGAGAGCCUGACUCUUCGAUCCUGUGGCUACAAUACAUGGCAUUCCAGCUAGAAUUGAGCGAGGUAGACAAGGCAAGGGAGAUUGGCGAACGUGCUAUUCGUUCAAUCAGUAUCGGUCAAGAUACCGAGAAGCUGAACAUCUGGGUGGCGUUACUCAACCUCGAGAACACCUAUGGUACGGAUGACAGCCUGGACGAAGUUUUCAAGAAGGCCUGCCAGUAUAAUGAUACUCAAGAGAUAUAUGAGCGACUGAUCAGCAUCUUUAUUCAGUCCGGAAAGAAUGAGAAAGCCGAUGAGUUGUUCCAGACGGCGCUCAAAAAGAAAGUCUAUUCGUCACAGAAAUUCUUCAUUAAUUACGCUACCUUCCUUUUCGAUACCCUGUCUAGCCCUGAACGAGGCCGUGAACUUCUUCCCCGUGCCAUGCAGUCAUUGCCUUCUAAUACUCAUGUUGAUGUCACCUGCAAAUUCAUUCAACUCGAAUUCCGAUCGCCAAACGGUGAUGUAGAAAGGGGCCGCACUCUAUUUGAAGGUCUCCUUUCAUCAUUCCCCAAGCGCACCGAUCUAUGGAACGUUCUGCUUGACUUGGAAAUGAAACAUGGCGACGCCGAACAAGUCCGACAGGUCUUCCAGCGUGUUCUAGGUAUCAGCGCUACUCCCAAGAUACAAUCAAAGAAAAAGGGGUCUAUUCUUUCCGCGGUAUCGACUGAAUCGCAGAAGAAACUGAAGCCCAAGCAGGCCCGUUUCUUCUUCAAGAAGUGGCUGGAUUUCGAGGUCAAACUGGCUGCUGCUGAAGGCGGCAAUGAAAAGAUGGUGGAGGAAGUCAAGGCCAGAGCAGCUGACUAUGUGAACUCUCUGAACGGAGAGUAG